AUGCCACGAUCUUCAAUUGAUGAAAAUAUGCUUCAUGUCGAUUGGUCUGAAGAGGUUUACUUUUUCUUUUUGCCUUGCUCAUUUUCUGGUUGGUUGGAAUAACACUUUAUUUAUGACCAAAUUUAGUUUCGUUUCAUUUCUUCCUUCUUCAUUUUUCAUUUCAGGAAAAAAACAUAGUUUUAUGACUAACUGAACUUGUCUUGGCUUUUUUGGAUAUAAAAAUAAAAUAAAAUAACAUGUUCAGGAAGUUGAUGAAACAUUUAUAGGUGAAUUUCGAACGAAUUUUUUUGAAAAAAAUGUGACUUACGGAAUGAUAAAUGGAUGAAAAAAACAAAUAUCAUAUUUUUCUGAAAUGGAGAUUUUUAGCGAGCUUGGUUUAAGCCGUAUUUUAUUGAUUGCUAGACCUUCAAAAAGUUUUGUAAGUAUUUUGAUUUACUAGAUAACUUCUGAUUAUACUAUCUCUGUUGCAAUAUUUGAAUUUGAAAAUUGUAGAUGUGAACUUUGAGAUUUCGAAAAAUAAUAUUUGUAAUAAAAAUAAAGUUGUCUCAAGGUUCAUUGAAUUUUUGAAAAACGAAUAAUCGUUAUAUUUUCCUAAGAUGCAUUCAACUUGGGGGGGGACAUUUUUGCAAACGGGAUUGUUUAGUUCAAGAAAAAGUUCUCACAAGUUACAGAAAUAUAUUUUCAGUGGAAAACUAUAUUUAAAAAUAAACAAUUAGAAUGUAAUACAAAAUGCGUGUCGUAAAAUCUGCAGAAAAAUCUCGACAAGAAUUUUUUCAAUGAUCAUUGUUUUUUUUAAACUGAGUUAGAUCUUUAGAUUUCAUUUUUUCAUUUUUUAAGAAGAGAACAUUUGUGGAAUCUUCUUUUUCAAUGAAAAAUUGAAGACAAAAAGUUAGACUAAUUAUUUUUCUAUAAAACGAACCACCACAGUUUAACAAAACUCAAUAACCAUAUUAGGAAACCGUGUAGGUUUAAAGUUCUCUUCAUUUCUAAUUUACAUAUAAUUAGCCAUUUCUUUUCCAGACAUCUUUUCUUUCUUCCUGUUUUUAUUUAUUUUAAAUGCGGCCGAACAUUUUUGAAUAUUCAAAACACUGUGUGAGAAAAAUCAAGAAAUCAAAUUUUUCCAAAGAAAAAGGCGAUUCGAUUCUAAUUUUAAAACAUUAUUCGCUGACAUGUGUCAGAUUCCAUAAUUUUUCAAUUUUUUUGUUUCGAAAAAAAAUUAUGUAUCUACAUAUAUGUAUGCAAACACAUAGAUAUAUAAAAUAUGUGGGAGUUUAUUCAUUUUAUUAUCAAGAAAUAGCGCGCACUGAAAUCCGAAAAUCGGUUUUUCAAGGAUUAUUUUUAUAUUUCGCAUUUUCAAAGUUCUUUCCAUUUAUUUAGCUAUCUAAAUAUGGACAAAUUUUUUCAUUUUUUUUAUUUUUCCAAAAAAAAAUUAAUAAAAUGAAAUAAUAAUUUUCAGAAAAUCAAAAAUAAUUGAACCCUAAUUUUCUCACUUUUUCUAGAGGUAAAAAAGAAAAAAAAUCUGAAAAUUAUCCCCCCAAUCUAGAUUAUUUCACUGAAAUAUAUAAUGGGGCAAGUUCUUCAGGCCGCGCGUCUUCGAGCAAUGGAAAAUCGAACAGGCUCUGUUGGAGAUUGCACAAAAUUGGCAAAUUAUCGAGCUAAUAAGCAGAAUCUGUUCAGAAGAAGGUUAGUUGUUUUUCAGGGAUACUGUAUUUUAUCUUUAGUCGAUUUGAGAAAUGUGGGAAAACAAAUGGAUAAAUAAAAUAUUUUGUCUGAUGAAAUAUGUGGGAAAUUUUGAAAUGCACUUUUUUCCGAAAAUUUUGGUGUAAUCAUUGAAAUUUACUAUAUUGUAAAACGAUUGUCUGAGCGGUGUGGAAAUUAUGAAAAUCAGGUGAAAGUUAAGGGUACUAGUAAUCUUGGGAAAUUUUGACUUAAACUUUUGAAGGUGUUACUAACAAGGUUUUUUGAAAAUCUGGCACAUUUUUUUGAGGAUGCUCUAAAUCUAUUGAACAAUUAUAGACCUCAUAUUUUUCAAAAUUGAAAAGUUUAUAAUUUUCGAAUAUUUUUAAAACCUGGUUUUUCAAAAAAAAAAAAUUUAAAAACUAUUUUUUAUUCAAAAAUUUUUCAAUAAGAUUUCAAGAAAUUUUUUAUAACACUGACUAUUUGUUUUUAUAAUAUUUUUUUCAACUCUGUAAGAAAUUUUCAAAAUUUACGAUUAUGUCAAUUUUGUUUGAACAUCAUUAGCUUUUCUUGCAAAAUCAAUAAGGUUUGGCCUCAAGUUCUCAGAAAUUCUCCCUAUCUAUAUAAAUUAGCCAAAUCAUUAUUUCCUCUCAAAAUUUUCUCAUUUUUUCAGAUCAACACGUCGUCGAAUUUCCAAUGCUCAACGACUUGCAGACUUGGAGGACUUUAUCAACCGAAGGUUAGUUAUUCCAGCGUUUACUUUCUCUAGAAAAAAAGCCAAUAAUUGCAAUUACUCGGAAACUUGA